UUUGCAACUGUAUAAAAUUCAUGAAUCUGAUUGGAGUAUGCUCUUAAUUUUGGUUAAAUACAAGAGCAUGUACCAAUCAGAUUCACGAAUUUUACACAGUUGCAAAUCAGCUUUCUCUGCUGAACGCAUCCAUAACCUAACCGUUAUUCGUGGAAGAAACGCGGGUAAAGUGCAAGGUCCCAUAGGGACACCCUAUGGGACCCUAUGGAUACCUGUAUUGCUUGUUACUGUAUUGCUUGUUACCUGUAUUGCAAUUACUAGGUCCGUAAUUGGAAGUCGUGCGUUAUUUCUAUGUUCUUCACGCAUGUGCAAAACGGCUGUUAUCGUGAAGGAGAUUAUCCCCGUCAGUACACCGUGACAUCACGGUCCAUGAUAUUUCUUCUUCGAAUGCCAGUUACUCAACAAUUGUUUAUCAGUACAGAUGGCGAAACUUAUUGACGUGCAAGCACUCUGAAACAUUUCUCUGCCAGCUACAGAAGAAGCAACAUGGAUGAACAAAAAAGGAAAGUACCAUCAAUGUUGAAGAAUAUUUUAAUGGGUGACAUCUAUGCAACCAAUGUUUUCGUUAAGCAGCUAGAGCAUUUUUUUCCUUUCUCACAAAUGAAAACACAUUAUAGAACUCUGGAGAUAUCAUGUCAUGGUAUAUUAUGGCUCGUAGGUACCUUCAUGUUUAUCUGGGUUUUAGCUGACAAGAAGUACUAUCAGUUGCAAGUAAAUCUUUUGCUAGGCUUGGUAUUAGAUGUAAUUUUCCUCUGCAUAGUGAAGGGGAUAACGAGAAGGAGACGGCCUGCAGUUAACGACGAUCCUUUUUCCAUGGGUCCUGAUAAAUAUUCCUUUCCAUCUGGGCAUGCAUCACGUGUAACAUUUAUUGUAUAUUUGUUUAUAUAUCUGUGGCCUGUAGCUUCGAUAUUUGUACCACCUUUGCUAGCAUGGUCCAUUUCGAUAUACAUAUCUAGAAUUCUGAUGAGAAGACAUUAUAUAUUGGAUGUUCUGGCGGGUAUAGCUCUUGGUAUCUUGGAAGGCCUGAUAGUAGGUUAUGUAUAUUUAGAUCAAGAGACUUGCGUUAAUUUAGUUUCCUGGAUGACUGAGGAGAAAAUGUCUGGACCCGAAUUCGAUGUUUGAAUCUUAAUAUUGAUACAUAUUUGUAUGGCAUUUGUUCCUUUUAUUGGUAAUAUUUUAUUGGUAUAUUUAUGUAUUUAUUCUCUAUCAUGUAAUAUAUAUAUAUAUAUAUAUGUAUUAUAUACAUGACAGUGAUUUUAUACGAUUUGGUAAAAGUGAAAGAUUUAAACGGAUAGAAAAUAUAUAACUUAAGGAAAAUUAUAACAAAUAUAAUUUUGUAAAUUCGUUGAAUAUUAUAAAAUAAACGAACGUUUUUCUU